CGCUGGGGCGCAUCAAGUACUUUGCGGUGCAGCAGGCUGGCGCCGCGGAGGGAGUGUAUGCGACGGGGUUCGUGACGAUUACCGGCCUGCCGGCAUUCCUGCACGGCCCGCGCCACACCUCCACGCUUCCCAUUCGCCGUGUCGAGGAAGUGGUGUCACCGGCGGCUCUUGAGGAGUACACCGCAAGGGAGCGUGCAAAGCUGCCCAGCUCCCUCCGUCUGGAGCCGCUGCGCCUGGCGUCAGGCCGGCGGGUGGACGUGGCAGUGGGCGAGGCGCUGCCGGAGACCACCGUGUCGCUCCACAACGCAGCGGGGCAGCGCAUGACCAGGGCUUUCCUGCUGGGUCAGAAGGUGGCGCUGCGUGUCCAGCAGCGGCUGGUGUACCUGGGCCCGCGGCGGCCUUCCGCCUACUGCAGCGGCGCAGCUGCCUCGGCUGCCGGUGACGAGGAGUUGGCAGCGCAAGCGGAGGCAGGUGCCGGUCCCGAUGACCUCACCGUCGCGGCUGCUCCAGCCAACCCAGACGGCCCCUCAGCAGCAGCUGCACCACCACCACCACCACCGCUACCAGAGGCGGAGGCAGAAGCCGCAGACGCUGCUGGCAAACGAGGACGCAAGCGCCGCAAGAAGAACGGGCCCACCGCGGAAGCUGAUGCCGGCCCUGGCAAGGAGAACCAGGUUCCAUCUGCUCCACAGCAGCAGCAGCCUGGGGGAGUCAAGAGAGCGAGGCGGGGUUCCGCAGCAGGGGGCGGGGCCAGCGCUGCGGUCGCGGAAGGCGGGGCGGCGGCAGCGCCUGUGUCGAGUGCGGCGGCAGCAGGACCGCUGGCGGAGGGUGUUGGGGAGGUGGUGCUGGUGCUGGAGAAUAAGACGCCCGUGGACAACACCUACCAGUUCAGCAGGAUCACGGGCGGCUUGAACCGUGCCGGGACCUACUUCCUGGAGUACCGCUUGCUACCCGACCUGCCGGCCGGCUGCGAUCCAGCUGGCGGAUCGGGGGCCGUGGUCGUGUGGUCCCGCACCGUGCUGUACGCGGCUGCGGGUCCGCCAGUGCGCUUCGAGCUGCGGGGUGAGGCGAGGGCAGUGCUGGCGACCAAGUCCCUGGCACUAGGGGAGGUGCUGCCGCCGCUGCAGCUGGUGUGCUACGACGCGCAGGACAACCCGGUCGCCCCGCCGGCGGCAACAGCAGCGUCAGGCCCACCUGCCGUUUUGGUUGAGGUGAUGCGGCCUGGCAGCGACACGUCGGGACGUGUUGACGAGCCGGGGUCAUCCCAAGCUCUGGAGGAACUUCAACUCGAGUGGCAGACGGCACCAAGUACAGAGGCGAUGGUCCUUGACGGCCUGCGAAUUACUGGGCGCCGGUGCGAUGGCGGGGGCAUGCGGCUGUUCGGCGGCGAUGGCAGCGCCCAUGGGCAGCCAGGGUCUUUGGAACACACGCCCGCAGGCGGCCAGGUUGUGCCGGCCAGCCUCGAGCAGACGGCGCCCGACGUCCCCCUGCAGCUCCGUAUCUCCCUGCCGGACAUGCCCAGCCAGGUUUUGUCGCUCAAGCUGCGGCCGGGGGCACCCGCAGCGCUGCGGCUUCUCCCCGGCCACCCCUUCCCGACCGCAGCUGACGGCGGCAACGCAGCUUCCGCAGCAGCUGGGAGGUCGCUGGAGCCCGUAUGCGUCAUGAAUGGCGAAACCCUGCCCGACUUCCAGGUGCUGGUGCUGGAUGCCUGGGGCAACGCCACCAGCCCCUCCGCCGACCUGCCCGCCAGCCUGGAACUGGAGGGUCCCCUACUGCAAUCCAGUCCGGCACCCUUCGACAUUGACGCCCGCGGUCGAGCGUCGAUACGGGGCGUGCGAGUGGCGGCUCCUGACUCCACCUGCAUCGGCAUACCACAGGAUUUUGUGCUCAGCAUCCGAUGCACUGCCCGGGGGGCUGGUCCGCGCGCUGCGUUGCAAGCGGCGGAGCAAGCCAUUGCGGAAGCGGAGGCGGCCGCCGCCAUGGGAGCAUCGUGGGCAGCAGGCGGGGGCCUGCUGGGCUGGUCCCGACUGCUGCUGCCGGUGCUGGUGCAGCCCUGCACGUUGCCGGCUGCACUAGCGGUGCUAUACCGAGGGGAGCCUUGCGAGGUAGGCCCCAGCGCCUCGGGAGAGGGCAUGGCAGCGGUGCUGCGAGACAUACCCGCGGGCAGCCGCUUGAGUGAGCUCUCCCUGGCCCUGCUGGACGAAGGCGGCCGACCCGCAGAGCCCGGCUUCAAAGGCAGGCUGCAGAUCUCGUGGGCCAAGGGCUCCAAGAAGGUCAACGUCACGGAGGCGGGCGCCAUGCUGGACCUGCCGGCGCUGCCCGUACGGGAGCAGGCUGGCGGUGAGCCGCAAAGUGUCUGGGUGCGCUUUGUGGGCGACGGCGCUCUCCUGUCCGGCACUACGCUUGAGAUUGCGUUGGAGGUGCAUGUGGUUCCCGGCCCGCCCGCUGCCUGGGGCUGCAGCAUCCUGGAGAGCGGCGCAGCUGCCGGCGGCGGCCCCAGCCAGGCCACGGAGGCCCUGGGUCGGGUGGCAUGCGGGGAUCCCAUCUGCCUUGAGAUCGAGGCACACGACGCGUAUAACAACAAGUGCUCCGGCUGGACGGGCGCCGGGCCGCGCCCCACCCCCACGGUGGUACCCAGUCGCGAGCAGCGGGACGCGCCGCUGCUGUACGACACGGCGGACUGGGUGUGCGGCUGGCAGGUGUCGCAGCACACGGGCAACGAGUUCUACCAGGUGCAGAUGGUGCUGGGCGGCAGCGCGGGCGACGUGAAGCUGCUGGUGCGGGACACGCAGGGGCCGGGCGGCGAGUCGCUGCUGAGCCCGGAUGAGCUGCCGGUGGUGCUGCUGCCAGGCCGCCCCACGACGCUGGCCUUUGACGGGCCACAGCAGCUGCAAUGUGGCUCGCGCGCCUCCCUAGGCGACCUGCGCGUGCGUGUCACGGACGACUGGGGCAACCCGGUGGAAGCGCUGGGGGCGGGCGGGUGCGG